UCCGCACAGCAGCCCCGCCAGCCCGCUCCGCCUCUGCCUGAGCAUCUGCCCUCGCUGCCUUCGGCGUGUGCCCCUCUGCCCCAAGAGCACCAUGCACCUCUCUCAACUGCUGGCCUGCGCUCUGCUGCUCACCCUACUCUCGCUCUGGCCCUCCGAAGCCAAGCCCGGUGUGGCGCCGAAGGGCCCGCGAACUCCGCUAGGGGAGGUGUCAGCCGUGUCCCAUGCUGAGGGCGGCGGUCAGAAGAAGCGCGACAAGACUCCCGGAGGCGGUGGCGCCAACAUCAGGGGCGACCAGUCGCGACUGCUCCGGGACCUGCGCGUGGACACCAAGUCUCGAUGGGCCCGCCUUCUGCAGGAGAACUCCAACUCACGCAAAAACAAAGGCACCAAGAAGGGCUCGUCCAAGGGCUGCUUCGGCCUCAAGCUGGACCGGAUCGGCUCCACGAGCGGCCUGGGAUGUUAGUGCGGCGACCCCUGGCGGCGGAUUGGGAACUUGCUCCGUUGUGCUGAGGUCAUCCGUGGUCGUGGGGAAGAACCUCCAAGGCAAUGUGGCUUUUACGUUUCUCUCUUUUUUCCCCCUUGUGGUACUGGGAAUACACGACACCAGCUGUGUUAUUAUGAUUUGG